AACCAAUUACGAAAUGGAGGGAGCAAUUGUUAUCUUUAAUUUUACUAUCUUAAAUAAAAUAAACAAACAAACCAAUCACAAACUAGAGGGAGCAAUUAUUAUUAUUAUUAUUAGUAUUAGUAUUAGUAUCAUUAUUUGACUUUUUAACCAUUUCUUUCUUUAAAUUAUUAUUUUAAAAGAUUUCAUAGAUAUUUCAGGAAAGCAGGUAGAAAUUGAACAAGAAAAUUAGUAUGUCGUUAUUAUUAUACAUUUCGGUGGAAAUCCAACCAACAACCGUAAUUGACCGGUUGACGCCGCCGUGAACGGUGGUCGGGAAUCAUGGAUUUUGGUAACUCCGCCACCUCCUCCGCCGCCGCCGCCGGCGAUGACGUUUUAUAUCCGGAGGAGCAUAAUGUGACAUCUGUAAGUGAUGAUCAUGAGACUACGUGUUGGGGCUGUGGGCUCCGUGUACUUGUUUCACCGCAUGUACCUGCUUUCAAAUGUUUCUGGUGCGGAGCUAUAACCAACCAGAACGGAAUUAAGUACGAGAAACAGAACUUCAUGUGGAGACGAUUGCGAGACCGGUGCUUUGUCAGCUUUCUCAUUGUCUUCAUUCUAUUGGUAAUAUGUGGCGGUAUUUGGGCCAUUUAUCCAGUAUUAGUUUCUUGCGGUUACUUCUAUGGUGGUGUUAACAUAUUUCUUAUUAUAAUACUGUCCAUAUUUACCCUGUCUACAUUUAGCCUUUCUGCAUUUCGAUCUGCUGGUGCUCCACCAAACAUACUAUGGGGUAGCUAUCCUGCUGUGACAAAAGGAGCACUCGAGAAUUAUAGAUUUUGUGAAUAUUGUGCGAAGCCAAAGUCAACUAGGGCACAUCAUUGCCGUUCUUGUGGGAUGUGCGUAUUGGACAUGGAUCAUCAUUGUCCAUUUAUUGGAAACUGUGUUGGUGCAGCAAACCAUCGUCAUUUCGUCAUUUUCCUCAUUUCAGCAAUCAUUAGCAUGAUUUACGCGUCCAUCAUGUCUGCAUAUGCAGUUUAUCAUAUUUGGCCGCCGUUAAACAACUGGCAAAUUCGACUUCUGAAUGGGGCUUUUGGUCAGAAGUUGCUUAUGGGAUUGUUAAAAGAUAUUUUUCUUGCAGUUUUUAGUUCUAUGAUGUUUUUACCAGCUAGAGGACUUGUUCUUAUUUACCUCUUUAUUGCUAGUAUCUCUAUCGGGAUAGGUUUAAGCGUGCUUUUAUGGCAGCAACUCUGUUUCAUAUAUGAAGGCAAAACAUACUUGAGUCAUAUAAGUGCGUCAGGGGGUGACAGUACUGCAAUAAAGGAUUGCCAAAAUUUCAUCCGAUUCUUUGGCUUACCUUAUACUAGAGCAAGAUAUUUGCCAAGCUUCUUCAAUUCUAAGAAGAGACACAAAAAAUGAAGCUUGAAAGAGGUUUUCGCGCGGAAAGGUGGACAUGUAAUGUAUACAGAUAGAUUCCUUCACACGUUACAGAUUUCUGUAGAAAGACUGGAAGAAUUUGUUUCCCAUUUCUGGUAUGAUGUAUCAGUAGAUAGACUGAAAAUACAAGUGAAAUAGGUUGAUCAACUCCAUUUCUAGUUAAAAUGGAAGACAGUGUGAUAUGCCUUACAAACUGAUCAUAUCUGCUGCAGGGAAGUUAAAAGGAUUGGAUUGGGGUAGGCCUGUUGAAACUUUUUCUUUUUGUAAUCUUGUAGCAUAAAGUUUUGUUUCAUCUUGACUAUGAAUAUGUUUUUCUGGUUUUGAAAAUUUGUAAUAAUAGGCAGUCACAAAUAUUUAUUUAUAAAAAAAUUGGAGAUAUGUGAUUUAUUAA